AGUGGGAGAAAAUGAAAAUGACCAAUCAAAACGUUUAGGACAAAUAUUUUAGAACAAAAAGAAAGGAUUGAGGCGUAUACUUAAGCUGCAUCAACUGUGAUCUGAUUGAAUUUAAUCGAGAAACAGUUUUUGAAACCUGUUUUUCGUCGUGUUUGGGAAGCAAGCUUUUAUUCUGGAAACCGGAAACGAGGUGUUUUUUCUGGCCAGCUUGACAGAGGUCUCGCGCAGCAGGCAGGUGCCAACAUCAGCGAGGACAUGAUGACAGAAAUGAGCUCGGCGGUGCGGUUAUCGUUGCUCGGCCUGCUCCUGUGCCUGCAGGUCGGCAGGGCUCCAGCCCGCAGCCCCCGCACGGCGGACCAGGUGUCUGAGGCCGACAUCCAGCGGCUCCUGCACGGCGUCAUGGAGCAGCUGGGCAUCGCUCGGCCCAGGGUGGAGUAUCCUGCACACCAGGCCACCAACAUCGUCGGGCCUCAGAGCAUACAGGGUGGUGCUCAUGAGGGGCUCCAGCACCUCGGCCCCUUUGGAAACAUCCCCAACAUUGUGGCCGAGCUGACCGGCGACAACGUUCCCAAAGACUUCAGUGAUGACCACGGAUACCCAGACCCUCCGAACCCCUGUCCCCUGGGAAAGACAGCAGCCGACGGCUGUUUGGAAAACGCUCCGGACACAGCUGAGUUCAGCAGAGAGUUUCAAAAACACCAGCAUCUCUUUGACCCAGAGCACGACUACCCAGCGCUGGCCAAGUGGAACAAGGAGCUUUUGUACCAAAAACUCAAGGGAGGACCGAAGAGAAGAAAAAGGAGUGUCAACCCGUAUCUGAUGGGCAAGAGGCUGGAAAACGUGGUCGCCAAAAAAUCAGUUCCUCAUUUCUCCGAGGAAGAGGAGGAGGAAGCACCAACCGUUUCUGCUACUGCCAAAUCCACCACCUAAACUCCUGCACCUGCAGCACUCACUGUAAUAUUAAAGUACACUCUCAGAUACACCAGAUUAGCACCACUUAUUUAAGCAUUUUGGGUAAAAAGCCAUGGAUUUGUAACUCCAGUGCAACUAUUGUGAAAUAAGAAAUAGUAAGCAGAGAAAGGAAGAGCAGCUUGACAUUUAUUUAUUUAUUUAUGUUUGGGUUUUUUUUUUCAUGUUUUUGCAUUGCAAUCAUAUUAAUUGGCUCUUAACUAAUUAGACACUUCAUAAUGUAUAUCAGUAUUACACAGGGUUCCCACAGCUUCUUUUCUUCUAUUCAAUGAUUUUUAAAAUUAAUUUUCAGGCUCAAUUCCCUCAAAUUUCAGGACCAAACAUGGUUUAUAGUUUCAGUCAUGGAUCAAUUACGGCCACAACAGAUGUUUUUAAUGGGAUCUAGCAGUACUUUACAGAAACUUAUAGACAAAAACUAAAAAAGGAUAGAGGCUUGAAUGUGCGAACACUUCUCAUUUUGCUGUUUUACGUGCAUGCAUGUGACCGUUGCACUUUCUCGAGACAGGUCAUUUGUGAAACACUGAUGCAACUGUGGGAGACACAUGCAGACAGCCGAAUGUAGCCUAUUUACUAACAUCAAAUGAUCAUAAAUCAUAAAAAAAAUCAAAAGAACUUGCAUUUCGGUUCUUGCACAAAAUAUAGAAAUUCAAGCAAGUUCAAUGACUCAUAUUUAUUUAUGUCUAUUUUCAAAAAUGUUCAAGGCCUUGGAGGACCUGAGGGAACCAUGCUUACCUGGUGCUCUUAUUUUUUUUAACACAAUAGCUUAAUUAGUAGACCUCUACAGUCAACAUAUUCUCAUGAAGGGAUUUCUUGUGAAAAAAUGAUGUAGAUAGCAGAAAAAAAGUGAUUCUCACUUCACUCAUACCAAGCAGUUUUACCCAAAAUGCUAAAAUACAAAGUGUUAAAUCUUGACUGACUGCACACUUUAUCUACAACUGUAUUAUAAUUAGAAGUUGUAUAAAGAUAUAUUGAUUUGGAGGAAUGUUGUAUGAGAAAGGUAUUAUUCAUGACUGUACAGAAAUCAAUCUACUCACUCUGAAGUUAAUUUUUUUGUAUGUCUUGAUAUAAACAGUUAAUCACCUCUGUGUCUUCACAAGCAAAUGUUCUAUACAGGUCAUAUUCUCAGAAGUUAAUUCUAAACUGUAGCAGCUUUGCUUUGUCAUGUAAAAGGAUGAACUGUGGCAUGGCAAUAUAUUCUGAUUAGUGUUUAUUCUCUUAUUCACCAUACUGCAGUAACAUGAGUCUUUACACACAGCACUCAAUCUGUCAUGUGUCACCUCAUCUCACCAAAAAAUGAUGUUUGUGUUAUGUUUUUGUUCUUUGAAGUCAAAUAAACGAUUUAUCUGCAUUGACAAA